UGCGAUCGGGCUGGCGGGGGACGUGUCGGUCGGCUCGGGAAGCUCGUUCGGCGCAGUGUGAGAUCGGAGCCCCGGGUGGGUCCGCUCGUGUUCGUUCGCCGUCGGGGAGAGCGAGCGUGGCCGCCAUGGCUUAUCACUCCGGCUACGGAGUCCACGGCUCCAAGCACAGGGCCCGAGCGGCUCCAGAGCCCCCUCCCCUCUUCGAUGACACCAGCAGUGGUUACUCCAGUCAGCCCGGGGGAUACCCUGCCCCAGGAGCCGAGGUGGCCUUCAAUGUUAACCACUUGCUCGCGGAUCCAAUGGCCAACAUGGCCCUAAACUACGGCAGCUCCAUCGCGUCCCAAGGGAAGGACAUGGUGCACAAGGAGCUGAACCGUUUUGUGUCUGUGAACAAACUCAAGUAUUUCUUUGCGGUGGACACAGCCUAUGUGGCCAAAAAGCUCGGGCUACUGGUCUUCCCCUAUACCCACCAGGACUGGGAAAUGCGCUAUAGCCGAGAUGUGCCUCUGCCCCCACGGCAAGACCUCAAUGCCCCCGACCUCUACAUCCCAACAAUGGCCUUCAUUACCUACGUCCUGCUGGCAGGAAUGGCUCUAGGCAUUCAGAAAAGGUUCUCUCCGGAGGUGUUGGGCCUCUGUGCAAGUACCGCACUGGUGUGGAUCGUGAUGGAGGUGCUGGCCAUGCUCUUGGGCGUCUACCUGGCCACGGUGCGCACGGAACUGAGCACCUUCCACCUGCUCGCCUACAGCGGCUACAAAUAUGUAGGGAUGAUCCUCAGCGUACUCACGGGGCUGAUCUUCGGCAGCGAUGGCUACUAUGUGGCCCUGUCCUGGACCUCAUCAGCCCUCAUGUACUUCAUUGUACGCUCUCUGCGGACAGCAACCCUGGGCCCUGACUCCAUGGGGGGCCCGGCGCCUCGGCAACGUCUCCACCUCUACCUGACACUGGGUGCAGCAGCUUUCCAGCCCCUCAUCAUCUACUGGCUCACCUUCCACCUGGUCCGGUGACCCAUGGGUGCACCCCAGGCCACCCAUUGAAGACCUAGUUUCCUCCACUG